UCAGACAUCUUGGGCCGCUUUGCGCAGGGAGCCUGAGCGCCAAGGCAACAAGGAGCCGCCGCCCCCCUUCGUUCCUUCCCCAGAGUGCUGCGCUGCGCUGCGCGUCCGGCCCUUUGUGUGGCGGGCAGCCUCGGGGCUCGCUCCUCCUCCCCUGCCGGCUCGGGCUGCGCAGAGCACCCUCCCCCCCCACCCGCUUGCAUUCAUCCUAAUUCGCCCCCGAGACAAGAUGGCAACGCCGGCGGCUGUAAAUCCUCCCGAAAUGGCUUCAGAUAUUCCAGGAUCAGUGACAUUGCCGGUUGCACCUAUGGCAACAGGACAGAUGAGAAUGGCAGGAUCCAUGCCUGCUAGAGGAGGAAAGAGGCGUUCUGGAAUGGACUUUGAUGAUGAAGAUGGGGAAGGUCCCAGCAAAUUUUCAAGGGAGAAUCAUAGUGAAAUUGAAAGACGCAGGAGAAAUAAGAUGACACAGUAUAUCACCGAACUGUCGGACAUGGUGCCCACCUGCAGUGCAUUGGCCCGUAAACCCGACAAGCUGACAAUUCUGCGUAUGGCUGUUUCGCACAUGAAGUCUAUGAGGGGCACCGGAAAUAAAUCUACUGAUGGGGCAUAUAAGCCUUCUUUCCUAACGGAACAGGAACUGAAACAUCUUAUCCUUGAGGCUGCAGAUGGAUUCCUGUUUGUAGUUGCAGCUGAGACCGGGAGAGUCAUCUACGUAUCGGAUUCCGUUACUCCAGUGCUGAACCAGCCACAGUCGGAGUGGUUUGGCAGCACACUCUAUGAGCAGGUUCAUCCAGAUGAUGUGGAAAAGCUGAGAGAGCAACUGUGAACAUCUGAAAACUCUAUGACAGGGCGAAUUUUGGACUUGAAGACUGGAACAGUAAAGAAGGAAGGUCAGCAGUCCUCAAUGAGGAUGUGCAUGGGAUCAAGACGUUCCUUCAUUUGCAGAAUGAGGUGUGGAAAUGCCCCUUUGGAUCAUUUGCCGCUGAACAGAAUAACCACCAUGCGAAAAAGAUACAGGAAUGGCCUAGGCCCUGUAAAAGAAGGAGAAGCACAGUAUGCAGUAGUUCACUGCACUGGAUAUAUCAAGGCCUGGCCACCGGCAGGAAUGACUAUACCAGAAGAAGAUGCAGAAGUGGGACAAGGUAGCAAAUAUUGCCUUGUGGCAAUAGGGAGGCUUCAGGUAACUAGCUCACCUGUGUGCAUGGACAUGAAUGGAAUGUCUGUUCCUACCGAGUUCUUGUCUAGACACAACUCUGAUGGAAUAAUCACAUUUGUUGAUCCAAGAUGUAUCAGCGUGAUUGGCUACCAACCACAGGAUCUUCUGGGAAAAGACAUUUUAGAAUUCUGCCAUCCGGAAGAUCAGAGCCAUUUGAGAGAGAGUUUCCAACAGGUUGUUAAACUGAAAGGCCAAGUCCUAUCUGUGAUGUAUCGUUUUCGUACCAAAAACCGGGAGUGGAUGUUAAUCAGGACCAGCAGCUUCACUUUUCAGAAUCCUUAUUCUGAUGAGAUUGAAUACAUCAUUUGCACCAACACGAACGUUAAACAGCUUCAGCAACAGCAAGCCGAGCUUGAAGUACAUCAGAGAGAUGGGUUGUCCUCCUAUGACUUAUCUCAGGUACCUGUUCCAAAUAUACCAACUAAUGUUCAUGAGGGUGGAAAGUCAGUGGAGAAGCCAGACACUAUCUUCUCCCAGGAGCAGAAUCCUAGGUUUGCUGAGAUGUUUGCAGGAAUAACUGCUUCAGAUAAAAAAAUGAUGGCCUCUGCAUCCCCGGCAGGAAACCAACAGCUUUAUUCUCAGGGGAGCCCAUUCCAGCCAGGACAUUCAGGAAAGGCUUUCAGCUCAUCUGUGGUACAUGUGCCUGGUGUGAACGAUAUCCAGUCCUCUUCUUCAACAGGCCAAAAUUUGACACAGAUCUCUCGUCAAUUAAAUCAGAGUCAGGUUGCCUGGACAGGGAGUCGUCCACCAUUUCCAGGACAGCAAAUCCCAUCACAAUCUGGCAAGACUCAGUCAUCACCCUUUGGAAUUGGAACCAGUCAUACCUAUCCAGCUGAUCCAUCAUCGUACAGCCCUCUCUCUAGCCCAGCCACUUCUUCCCCAAGUGGAAAUGCCUACUCUAGCCUAGCAAACAGAGGUGCAGGGUUUGCUGAGAGUGGCCAAAGCAGUGGACAAUUCCAAGGGAGACCUUCGGAGGUCUGGUCCCAGUGGCAAAGCCAGCAUCAUAAUCAACAAAGCAGUGACCAACAUUCUCACCAGCAGCCCAGUCAGACUGAAGUCUUCCAAGACAUGCUGCCUAUGCCGGGCGAUCCGACACAGGGCACUGGCAAUUACAACAUUGAAGAUUUUGCUGAUUUGGGCAUGUUUCCACCAUUUUCUGAGUAAUUUACAACGCAGACAAACCCUGUGAAAUGAAGUUCAACAAAACCAUUUUGGUGUGGUUUUGGCUCUGCUUUUUCUGUAUUGCAUUACCGUAGAAUCUACUAACGAGACGUCUUGUUUCUCAUAUUUUGGAUAGUGAUAUUGGAGUUUGCUCUCUCUCCCUUCUGGUGUGUGAGUGCUAAUGAAGAAGUUACACCACUUGGUGGUGGUCAUUGACAGAUCCAUUUUGUAUUUUCUUGUCAUCCUACCUCAGAGAUGAAAAACUUUGAUUGUGAAAAAUCUCUGAGUCCUAAAUAUUUGAAUGUGAACAAUUCCUAAUGCUCUCUUUGAAUGGUAAAUUUAAAAUAGGUAAUGAAGUAACAAAGACUAACAGAGAAAAGGUAAGGUAACAUCCAGUUACAGGGUCUAUUGUUCAGUUUCAAUGCCUUCCUUUGAUCUUAAAUCUCUGAAAACAGACUCAGUAAUCUGAUUUCUUUGAUUCUUGAAAUUUUUAGGUCAGUUUGAAUGUGAGAUUAUACAGCAUAAUAUAGUCCUCUCUGACCAGAAGAUUCAGCACCUUUUUUCCCCUCUCUUAACCCAGUUAAACUUGAAUAUGUGUACAUUUUAGUACUGUAUGUGUAUCUUGUGCUGUAUGAUGUGAUUUCCUGUAUUGGUAGGGGUUGUUUUUUAUUGUUGUUGUUGUUGGGGUUUUUUAACAUAUAAAAUGGGUCCAUUCCAGAGUAUACCGAAAGGGAUGACAAUGUAUUGCAGAACUUAGAUAUUGUAGGAUUCUGCAUCGCUUUACUUAGAAAUAACACUAAUUGGUUAAUUCUGGUCAUUCUGAUUUAUGCCAUAUAUUUACUUAUGCAAGCUGUUGUUCUUUUUUUCACUGAAUUUAUUAAGUGAGACCUAUAUUUCUAUAAUUUUCUCACUACCUGGUUAUAUUUUAUUUUUUGCCUUCUAUUAUUGCAUCACCCAAAAGACCCUUUUAUAAAAUUACUGUACAAAACAUAUCAAGAAUACUGUUUCAGCGCCAGCAGCAUUUCCUGUUUGUGAACCCCUUUAUCUCUUGUGCAACAUUACAUUUUAACAGUUAAAAGAGGUGCUCUGUUACAACAGAGUCAUCUAGUCUCAUUUCCUGAGAGCAGUGAGCUAGUUUGUUUCAUGUGCCAAACAAUAUUGUUAAAACUAAUUUGUAAUAGGAACCAACCAGUCAAGCCACUGUCUGCCAAAAACACUGUGGCGUUAACCUGAAUUUUCACUUGCAUGCUAAACUGCUGAGCAUCCACCUACUUCUGUUAAACCCACUGUAUAAGGGUUUCAGUUCACUGGGCAUUUUGGAGACUCAGGUCAUCCAGAAGGGUGCAUGCUCUGAGUCUUUCUGCCUGGAAUAUCCAUCAGAAACUUCUAGAAUUUCUGUUCCUUUAUUUAUUUUAUCACUUCAGUUGAGUUACAGAGAUUUGAUCUAAAAUGAAGAUUUAAGGCCAAAUAGUCCCUGCUUGAGGGGAAAAAUCACACGUGGACAAGGGACUCACAAUUCACACUUGCUGAGCUUCUUUGAAAUUCUUUGUAGGUUGCAGCCCAGCCCCGUUGAAAAGUGGGGAGAGGGUCCAGCUGCCUAAACCUGUGGAUGUCCUGGGAUCCACACAAAUCUCUGGACACCUAAAAGAAGCCAAGGCCAUCCACCAAGAGGCCUGGUGGCUCCACACAUUGCCAGCCCACAUGCUGCCAUUGCCUGGCUACUUGAAGCUACCUCUAAAUUCAGAGGUGUCUUCCAGCAGGGAGGACUAUUGGCAUACACUGUGUCAGCAUUGUCUUAUGUGUGUCCUCAGAGGGGGUUCCUUGGGUGGAUGAUGCCGUGGAGAGCAGCCAUCUCCCUAACUCAUGGCAUGCUCUGGCCACGUGGGUCUCAUCCAGAGAGACUUCCACAGGCUGUCAGACGAAAGCUAGCAGGCCACAGAGACACUGCUCCCAACCCUAAUCAUGUGACUGGGGCUUUUCUCACCCUAGUCUUCUUUCUGGCACAUCACAUAGUGGGAUAAGUGAUCUUCAGUGUUCAGUGAGAGUCUUGCCUGCCGUUUGUCUCUUCGCUUCAUUCUCCAGGACCAGUCCCCAGCCCUGUGUGGAACUGGAGGGAUGCUUUCUGUAUGUGUCUUUUUUGCUUGUGUUUUUUAAUGAAAACUGAAUCUAGUUCAAAGAUAGAUAAAGAACUGCAGAGGCCCCAAAUCUCUUUACUGUACUUGUCUCAGCAGAGUCAUCCUGUUUUAUACAUGGGAAUCUCUUCUCCUUCCCCAGGGGAUGAGGGAAUACUCAGCUAGCUGAGGAAACCAUGCACUUAAACUCUAUUUAUUUCAAUACCUGGAUAUUGAUUCUCUUGAAGCUGCCCCAGCUGCCCUUCACUCCUAUCACACACACACUGCAUGGACAAAGAACUGAUCAGUGAGUUAGACCAGAAAAACUCUGCUCCCUGUAGUGAGCAGAUCCAUUGAAUUCACUGACCCCACUCCCAUAAAAGAUGCCUGUAUUCUACACAUGGCUGUGUGGGUGAGGUGAGACAUCUGUGCAGUAGGGAUUGAUAGUAAAAGGAGAAGUAGAUGAUCCUGAUUCUGUGAGGAUCCAACAAUGGGGGAAGAAGGGAGUGGCCCAGCAAUUUAUAGCUCUUUAUACAAUGCACUGGACAUGAUACAUUCAGUAUUUGUAAAAAAUUUUAAAUGAGGAUUUCUGUCAAGUGAAAAAUGGAUUGGAAAUUGGGGUUUCUAUGCUGCAGUCUACCUGACUGGUUGUUCUGCGUUUAUGUAUACUUUACUUGUUGUUCCUGAAUUCAGUCUAAAAUAAUGUGUUUAUGAAAACUGGCUUUUCCAGCCCAGAAAAGUUUCUCUACCUAUCACUGUCUUUUUAUACUGUUAACGUGUAGAAGUAGGCUUAUCAGUCAGUACUCGGUAGUUCUGAACAGUUCAAAGUUCUUCGCUAAAAGAUAUUCAAGCAUGUCUAUUUUUUUAAAACACAGUAUUACUAGUUUGAAGCCAGUGUGCCCAAGGCAUCAGUGCUAGGUCUGUUUCUUGUCGUCUUUCUCCCCAUCCUUGUGGCCACAAAAGGGAAUUACUGUAGUAAUACCUGUAAGGCCCCGUAACCCCAAGCCUGAGCCCAGAUGUACAGUACCUUCCCUCUCAACUUGUGUAUAGUUUAUUUUAAACAUUCACUUUAAUAAAAUUCUUAAAGACCAGUCUAAAAGAGUGCAAGGUUUUCACCCGCUUCACUUUGGGCCACAGUGUGCCCCUGUUCAGCCCAGGAUAGCGGAAUACAACGCUUUCUCCCUGUUUCUCCAUUCUCCCAAGCUCCCCUCCAGCUGAUCUCACCCACAGUAUCUUGACAUUGCUUUCCCUACGUUGCAAGGGAAGAUGUGGGUGAUCUUUUCUGAGGGUGCUGUUAGCUUCUUAAGGAGCAUUAUGCCGGCAAGAAGGAA